UGGCUGGAAGCAAUGGUCUUCCGGGUUUAGGUGUUUGCAAAGCUCUCGUGUGGUGCGCCCGGUCUGUUUGGUUAAAAUGUUCGUCUACACGAUCGCGUUAGUGGCGAUCGCCAUAUUUUGUGCGCUAAAGUACUUCUACUCGUACUGGGAUCGCCAUGGCAUCGCCAAUAUCAAGCCGCAGAUCCCGUUCGGAAAUCUACAGACAGUGGUAGAGAAAAAAGAGUCAUUCGGUAUCGCCAUCAACAACCUGUAUCACCGAACGCAGGAUCGUCUCGUCGGCGUGUAUCUGUUCUACCGGCCGGCCUUGCUGAUUCGUGAUCCGCAUCUCGCCAAGAGGAUCAUGGUGAACGACUUCGCGUCUUUUUACGACCGCGGAAUUUACUGCAACGAACACCGGGAGCCGCUGUCGGCCCACCUCUUCGCGCUUCCCGGUCAGCAGUGGAAGAGUAUGCGCAGCAAGCUAACGCCAAUCUUCACGUCCGGACAGUUGCGUAACAUGUUCCCAACGUUCCUGGAUGUGGGAAAGAGGCUGGACGAGUGCCUGCAGCCGCUCGCCGCAAGCAAGAAGAUCGUCGACGUGCGCGACAUCUCGUCCCGGUACGUGCUGGAUGUGAUUGCGUCCGUAUUUUUUGGGCUCGACACCAACUGUCUCGGCAAUCCUGACGACCAGUUCCGUGAGGCCUUGAUCGAAUUCAAUUCGGGCACUUUCUUGCAAAACAUCCGCACGGCGGGAAUCGGCAUCUGUCCUGGUCUUUUGAAGUGGACUGGAAUUAACGGUUUGCCCCCGGUCAUGUCCAAGUUUGUGAUGGAUGUGAUCACGGAACAGAUCUCCUAUCGGGAGAGGAAUCAUACUUCCCGGAAAGAUUUCAUCCAGCUGCUCAUUGAUCUUCGGCGAGAGGAGGGCAAGAAUUCAGGCAACUCACUUACGAUAGAGCAGUGUGCGGCCAACGUGUUCCUGUUCUACGUGGCCGGAGCGGACACUUCCACCGCCGCUAUUUCCUACACCCUGCACGAGCUGUCCUAUCAACCGGAAGCGACGGCAAAGGUGCAGCGCGAGAUCGACGAUCUGUUGGAGAGUAGUCACGGUGCCAUUACGUACGAGAACAUCCAAGAAAUGAAGUACUUGGAUCUGUGCGUGAAGGAAACACUUCGCAAGUACCCUGGGCUACCGAUACUGAAUCGGGAAUGUACGAUAGAUUAUCGAGUUCCCGACAGUGACAUUGUUAUUCGGAAAGGCACCCAGAUAGUUAUACCUUUGAUGGCCAUCAGCAUGGAUGAGAAGUACUUCCCAGAUCCGCAGCUGUACUCUCCGGAGCGGUUCGAUGACGAGACAAAAAAUUACGAACCCGAUGCGUACUACCCGUUCGGGGUGGGACCGAAAAACUGCAUCGGUCUCCGGCAAGGUGUUUUACUGACGAAGAUUGGACUCAUUUUAAUGCUGUCAAAGUACAAUUUCUACGCCACGAUUCCACAGACGAUCACUUACGAAGCCGCCACCUUUAACUACGUGCCGAAAGGAGGCAUUCCCAUGCGAAUCGAACUUCGUUAGCGUUAGCAAAAAUAGCGUCAAACGUUUGUGAUAAAUAAUGAAAUAUUUAGUACUAUUUCGGUCGAAGUAAAAGAAAGAUUUGAAGCUUUUUUGAUAGUAAAAAAGGA